AUGAGCUCUCUUCGGGCUCAGGUCAAGCACCACAAAAGAAGAGCCGAGCAAUGGCAGCGCUGGUGUGCCGGACUGUCUGCACAAAACAUGGCCCCUCCGAUUGCGCAAGUGGUCCGUCAACAGAACGAUGCUCCUUCGACUCCAGCAUCGGCCCGUACCCAAAUUAUGGGACACAAUGUUCCCAACAGCUCUGUUGUCGCCUCAACAGCGUCGAAUUCUUCACCAAUACCACCGGUUCUAAGCCGUGAAGUGAGCGGAACUCAUUCGGAAAGCAAUGACGGUGAUCAAUCACGCAUAAUCCGUGUCAAGGAUGAGCCUCUUUCUACUGGACCCCUGGAGGGCUCGUCUUUGGGUCAGGAGAUAUUCCCCGCUGCAUCUGAGGAUCUUGAUGAGGUUGGCGACGCAGUGACCACACCCCGUAGCCGGAGAUUUGCUGUUUUUGAGGACGGUGUAUAUAGACUACAGCAAGAAGGACCCAUUACUACUCCGAGCUUUCAAAGCGGAGAGCGUCGUGCUUUCCAACCUAAGGACACAAAUCAGAUAAAUCACUUUAGGACACCGCAAGAGUCAGCCUUCAAACGACGAAAGACUUGCGAUAGCGGGGCAUCUGCAAUCUCGACUGUUGCCGAAGAUGGAGAGGAUCAGAAUUAUAUCCCUUCGGUGAUGAAAGUUGCUACCAUUGAAAACAACACACCCUCCAAAGGGCCAGUUCGACACCCAAAUGCGCAUCGGCGACUUGAUGAUCUCUUGGCAGCUCGCCCACAGAGACAAAGCCCUGCACUUGAUCGGCCUGCAAUCCGUAGCCCAGUGCAGUCAGCGAUACCUGUUCCCUGUCCAGGCCAUCAAACGCCAUCAGUCAGCGUUAAUCAGACGCCGUCAUCGAAUGGACCUACUAAGACAAUUACGAAUUAUAUGAAGGCUACAGGGAAGCGCGCAGCCGCUAAACGGAAAUUUCAACUUGAAACAAACGCAAACACAAACAGUGAAGAGGAUUGGGAAGCAAUCGUGGAGUCUGUACCUUUCAGAGAGUUACCUGUGGACUGCCUUAAUCUCAGUCAUUUCAAGCCUAAUCCGGGAAGAAACCAGGGUCUCGACUACGCCUUUAAAGACGUUGUUCGUGGCUCCGAACGCAAAUGUCUUCCCGGAUGUAUGCGGGCUGAUUGCUGCGGUGACAAGUUUCGUGCCAUGGUACGCGCAACAGGGAUCAAAUACGACGCUGAGAAACAUCGAGCUCUCCUUGAAGAGCACCUAGGAGAUAGAAAAAGUACACUCCAGCAGAUGAGUGAACAGACACUGAACGGGUUGCUGAUUGAAGCAAAAGCAACGCAAUUGGCUAAUCAGUUUGGCAAGCACAGACAUGCUUAUGAACGAGCUCGCUCACCCCCGGGAUUCUGGCGGACAGACAUGCCGUCUACGCAAGAAUUGGCCAAGGAUCGCAUUGAAGCUGAUCGGAUGGAGCGGGUGAAGAUAUUGGAGAGAGUUGCGGAGGCUAUGCGACCAGAUGGGCUUUGGAAAUUUGCGGAUGAGAUUUGA